UCUAGUGACGACCUUUACCCAACACUGCAGACCAAGGGGAAAGAUGGGCGUACCUACACUUACUCUCCUGCUGGUUCUGAGCAUUGUACGCAGUGGAGUUACUGUCACUAGUGAUGCUAAAGGAUGUGGAUACACUAUAGUUCUUCUUGGAUCCACUGGUGACCUUGCAAAAAGAUACAUUUGGCCGGCUCUUUUCGAUAACUCCCUCCAGCUCUACACACACCACCUUCAAGACUGUCAAGAGCAAAGACUGGUGAUAUUUGGAGCAUCUAGGUCAGAGGUGGCUGAUAGAGAGACAGCUUUGGAUAAGUCACUGGUGAACGUGAAAUGCAAACAAAGUGAUUCUCAAUGUUUAAAACUAUUAGCGAACUUCAAAGAAUCAAUUAAUUUCGUUAAAGUGAAGACAUCGUUGGACUUUGAACAACUUUCUCAGAUAAUUAGAGAUAGAUAUGAAGUAUUGAACAUUAUGGAACUUGGUAGACUAGUGUAUCUGUCGAUACCGCCAUCAGCAUAUGUUGCAACUGUGGAUCACAUCAGCGAGCACCUCAAGCCGAGCGGGUUGACAUGGUUACGAGUUAUCCUGGAGAAACCGUUUGGCCAUAACCUCUCAUCAGCACUGGCACUCAAUGAGGCAAUAUCUGAGCAGCUUGAGGAAAUGCAGGUGUAUCGAAUUGACCACUAUUUGGGGAAGUUUGGAGUUCAGCUAAUAUCCAACUUCCUGGCAGUGAACAGUGAUGUGUUGAAGCCACUAUGGAACAGUAAUGGAGUACAGUUGAUGGAGGUAGCUAUGGAGGAAACACUGGAUGUUAGUGGGAGAGGAAGUUUCUAUAACGCUAACGGUGUAAUCAGGGAUAUUCAUCAAAACCAUUUAACUGAGAUAUUGACUAUUUUGUUAAUGAAUCCGAUUUCGGACCACCAAACGGAAAAGUUCAAAGUUUUGUCUGACCUCUUCUCCCCUCGUCUACACCAUACCGUCCUCGGACAAUAUACUGACUAUCAGAAACACUUGCAGGAGGACGGGCUACACAACCAUAGCAACACACCCACAUAUGCAUCAGUGGCACUGUACUCAAGAAACCCUAAAUGGAGUGGCGUACCUUUCGUGUUAACGUCCGGGAAACAGUUGAGUAGAAGAAGAGCAUUCGCACGAGUUAUUUUCAAGCAAGGUGUUGUGACAGGUUGGACUGGGCGAUUGGGUUGUCCGCCCGAAAUACACUUCCUCAUUCAGCAAGAUGGAUCGAAACCUGGUAUUCUAAUCUCAGAACACUUUUCAAGUCUUGAACUAAAAAUGUCCACCACAAGCAUCGACUGGAUAAAGACACUAUACAAUGAUCCUGAAAGCAACUGUUUAUUUACUCAUUUUGAACCGAAGGCGGACAUUACGAGCAACUCUUAUAUAUCACUGAUUGGAGCUGUACUCAACGGAGAAAAAGAAUAUUUUGUAGACUCGGAGUGUUUGCUAGAAUCAUGGAGGAUCUGGACUCCUUUACUUGAAGAGAUUGAUCUAAUACAACCACACCCCUUACUGUACUCGGCAGAUGAUCUCCCGACCUUGGAGGAGCUCAGUUUUCAUGGAAUUAGACGUACCCCACCACAUACUCAGAAGUUGGAAAACCCGUUUCAAGAUCAUGUAACUUUAUUUUCUGCUAACUCCACUUUUGCUGAGAGUGAACAGAUUAAGCACAAGAUUGUACUAGCGAAUAAGUAUGAACUGUCUAAUAUACUUGCUGAAGAUUUACUGAGUGUUGCUGUGGUCUCAAUUGAUACUCAUGGAUCCUUCCACCUUGCCCUCCCUGGUGGGACCAGCCCUGUAUUAUUACUGGGUUCUCUAUCACUGGACUAUCAGCAUUCGUUUCCAUGGGGUCGUACCCAUAUAUGGCAAACAGACGAACGAUGUGUUUACCCAACAAACCAACAUUCAAAUUUCCGACAGCUAGCAGACCACCUCCUCUCAACUGUCCCCAUUCCGUACCUGAACCUUCACCCCAUGCCAGUUCAUCUACAGCAAGGAUUGUGCAUACACGGAGAUUAUGGAGCCGAUUUCUAUCAAAAGCAAUUGAUCGAUUUUCUUCCCGAGGGUCAGCUGGAUUAUGUGUUGCUAGGCGUUGGCAGUGACGGACAUAUUGCAUCAAUAUUCCCUUUUUACCAGAAUGUGCCAAAGGGCGAUAAACUCGUGGAAGUUGUGGAAUGGGAUGGAAUUUUUAUGAAUAAGCGCAUGACUCUGACACUGAACUGUAUACUAGAAGCCAGACACAUUGGUCUGGUUUUCAUUGGAGAGAACAAGAGAGACAUUGUACAAACAGUAAAGAGAAGCUUUGACUCUUCACUGGACAAUAGUGGAGAGCAGCUACCAGUAUUGAAGCUGAUACAAAGAGCAAAGAAAGAACAAUUGACUCUGUACAUUGACCAGUCAUGCUGUCAAUAAUUGAUUGCGAAUGUUGAUUCAUUAAUUCAUUGUUUACCAAUCAUGCUAAUAAUUAUUGUUAUUGUGUAUAAAAAAUUAAAUUGUUGAUCGUAAGUA